AUGUCCGAAACGGAAGAAUACAAUCAGCAGAAGCCAGCUAAAACGAGCAAGCAGCAUAAUGUGUUACCGAUAUGGGGUAAUGAACAAACAAUGAAUCUGAACCCUCUUAUUUUAGCAAAUAUUCAAGGUUCUAGCUACUUCAAAGUACAUCUGUUUAAAUUGAAGACCUACCAUGAAGUUGUUGAUGAGAUUUACUACCAGGUGAAGCACUUGGAGCCAUGGGAGCGUGGAAGUCGAAAGACCGCGGGCCAGACUGGAAUGUGUGGCGGCGUAAGAGGUGUUGGUGCUGGUGGUAUUGUAUCAACCGCCUUUUGUCUCUUGUAUAAGCUGUACACAUUGAGAUUAACAAGGAAACAGGUGAAUGGGCUUUUGCAGCAUAGUGACUCGCCAUACAUCAGAGCUCUUGGUUUUAUGUAUGUGCGGUAUACUCAACCACCUGCAGACUUGUUUGACUGGUAUGUGGAUUACUUGGAUGAUGAUGAGGAAGUAGACCCAAGGGCAGGAGGUGGCGGCACUACCACAAUGGGUGCACUAGUGAGACAGAUGCUUAUCAAGCUUGAUUGGUUUAGUACAUUGUUUCCAAGGAUACCUGUACCGAUCCAAAAACAAAUUGAGCAAAAGCUAGCUGACCACAACCGACAGAUGGCACCAACAAACCAGACUGCAAACUAUCGAGGCGGUGGUACUAGCAACUACAAUCCAGGCCGCACAGAUGGAGAUAGGCGCGAGCACGAUGACAGGGACAAAAGAGAUUACGGUGAUGGUGACAGGGACAGAUACGCAAAAGACAGAGGAGGCAGACGUGAAGACAGAGAACCGAGGGACAGGGAACGGGAUCGCGACCGGCGUGAACGAGACGUGCGCGACAGACACCGUGAUCGGUCGCGUGAUCGCCACAUAGAGAGAUCGCGCGAUCGCCCGCGACAUAGAUCCCGAUCAAGGGACCGUCGCUACAGAUAA